AAAGGAUUGGAGUAUUCAGGCUGUGUGUGGGUUUUCUGGCCUGAUUUGACACCUGCACUGCAAAAAAGAAACCAGUUGAACAUAGAUCGAUAUUGUAAGUCAACCUCUUUUAAAAAUACCCUGAAAAGUAGUGCAAGUGAAUCCGCAGAAAACAACUGUUAUCAAACAAACCUAUUGAACCUUUUGUAAUAUAACUGGUAUAAAUAGGCAUUUUACCCAUAUAAUCUAACCAACACGAAAAUAAUUGCUACACCGCAACACAUUGAAGUACUACAAAAUGUAAUCAAAUAUUUUAUAAAGAACGCAAUUUAUUAUAAUUAAAUCAAUAGAAAUGAGUUUCAAUAUAUUAAUGGGAUGAAUUCGGACAGGAUACAUGUGGAGUGGCUUUUGUUCUAAAAAUAAAUUCCUUUAUAUUGCCUUGAUGGGCAACUACUUGAAUAGACGUUAAUAUCGGGAUGCAUUCUAUGUGACAAAAAACCUGUCAUGCAGUUUCACGUGUGUUCGUUUUUUCUCCAUGGUAUGAACUGAAACUUGUCAAUUGUAUGCAGAAGCCUAUCAUUACAAUCUGCUCGGAAAAAAACUGAGGGAAAAUCCAGUGGAAUUAGGAUGUACCUAAAAUACUCACUACUUGAGCAAAUUAUUGCCAUUAUUGGUAUCUAGAAGAAAUUAACAUUCCUCCUGAAUGAGGCUUUGAUACCUUGACCUUUAUAAGAAGAUUCUGGUACAAAACAAGUACAAUAACUUGGGGUGACGCAUAAGAACGAUCUAAGGAACUCCUCACAAUUUUCAAAAAUAAAGAUAAAGCAAAUCCCCGGAGUCUUCGAUAAAAACUCUCGAGAAACAUUUUGAGGUCACAGCUUCGAGGUUUAAUAAAAAAUUUGAUCAGUUUAAACAAAGCAUUUCAUAUUCAUGAAUGACAAUAAUUCUUGUGGAGGCCGAAUAAAUUAGAUACUGGGAGUUGUUCUCAAGGAUCAUAGAAGGGAGGUCAGAGAUGUAGAUCAAGGAAUGUGGCAUUUUCUCAAUCGCGGACUGAACUAUAAAGUUCUCAUUUUUCAGAUGUCAUAAAUCAGAUCAAGCUUGUCUGCUAGAUUUUCAAUUGACUGAAAAUGACUUCUAAAAGUAGGAGCAUCUAUCUAUGUACUAGUUAACAAUUUUAGUGUUUUAUAUUGUUACAAUAAUAUCCUUCCACGUACUUAAAAAACCCUCUAGCCCAAAAAAUAUAUGCAUCCAAACAAAUUGUGUAUCGUUCUUUCUACACUCGAGGGUUUUUACGAGAAAAAAACUUUCCUGCCCCGAAUUUACUUGCAUCUCACGUACCUAUUAGGGAUGGGGGACAAAUAAGACGUUUAUUUAAACAAGGGUGCAGUGUAAGGGCGCAAUAUAAAGCGAGACACCCCUAUUAAAGUAAGAGAAUAGAAUUAGGUACAGGUAUUUGUUGACUUGUUUUGAUGUAAAGAGAAUUGGAUGUCAGGGGUUCUGUUGAGUUGCAAUUGUCAUCAAUGUGGCUUCGUUACCUAUAUGAUUACUGAAUUUUGAUAUCUACUAUUUGAAAACUAGAAUAUACAUGAAAGAAAUAUUUUUUGGCCGUUUUGUAGAUAAUGAAUAAAAUAAUGUGUGAUAAUCUCUCUUAACAGGGGCUCACGACGAACUCUUCUUCACUGAGUGUACACUAUUGCUGCUGACGGCAUGCGUAGUCUUCAUUUGUCAAAAGUACCUCACUGUAGUCUGAUAGCUAGGUCCUUACACGAUGGUCAUCAAACCAUUAUUAACACUGAUGCCCACCACCAAAUAACUCCGAUUAAACCUACAAGAAUUCAUCCAAUAUUUUCUCACAAGACAUUACUGGUAGCUCGUUUAUAUUAUGAGUAGGUACUAGCUGGCAUAGGACCUCCAAGAGAGGAGUUAUCAGUGCCUUCCGCAUGGUCGGCCUUGAGGCAUCGCUCGUGAACCCCUGUGUCCAAUCGUCGACAAUUUGUUACAUUAUUCUACUUGAAUUCCUUGCCACGUUUCCACUUUCAGAUACUUUUGUUGGAGAUAAGGGGUUUGGAGGUUUAAGUGUUUCAAGGGUCUGUUGUUUGGAAAGAUUAGGUAUUAUCGAAAAAUUUUGGUUCGACCUGUAACUUAAUGAUGCUCAAACGCAUAACUCUAAGUGUUUUUCAGCAACAACAAAAAACACCUAGACCGACCCAAAUAUACCAAAGAAAAUAGGUUCUACGUAGGUUGAAAGGUGUGUAAUUAAACUUAAAUGUGUAAGUCUUUGUACAAACGCUUAAGAAAUAAUUUAUUCAGGACGAAAUUAGUUCUACUAGGCGCGGGCACUACGGUGCGUACUAAAUUAUUAAUGGCCAUUGUAAUUAUCAACGUUAAUUAAAGCUUUAUUUUAUCUUUUGUUAAAAAUAGGAGUCCAAUAAGUAGGUCACUACCUACCGUCCACCGUAACGAACGUUGAAUAUGCUUUGUUUGGCGUAGGAAAUUUUUUGAAACCUGUUCUAAUUCAUUUGCUUCCAAUCACGGUAUUAUGCACGUCCCUGAUAAAAUGUCUUCUACGAUAAAUAGUCACUACCGUCCACCGUAACGAACAUAGAAUACCUAUGCUUUGUUUGGCGUAGGAAAUUGUUGAAACCUCUUCUAAUUCAUUUGUUUCCAAUCACGGUUUUAUACACGUCCCUGAUAAAAUGUCUUCAACGAUAAAUAGCCUAAACCGCGUGAAAACAAUUUUGCGAACCGCAUGAAAAGAUUAGCUUCUUCAACCAACCAACCGUAGAUUGUAGGUAUUAGUAGGCACCUACAAUCUACGUAAUAUUAAGAAACGAUAUUUACGUGUGUGAUCGUCAAAAUGUUUGUUUUCAUUUAUUUUUUUAUUAGAGUGAACAAUAUAAACCACUUCUCUAGACGAUGCAUAAUCGGUGUAUUUAUUUAGAGCGUUUAGAAAGUACCUACAGUCAGCGAACCCAGGGCAUCAACCUCGCUAUUACCUUUGUUACAUAAGUUGUAAAGACCUUGGUAGCGCCAAUCAGAAUGCUGUGCUCUGCUUCCUCAUUCCUAAGUUCAUUGCUAAAUUCUUUGAGUACAUUGAUCCAUUUGGAUUGCUGAAAAAAGUUGUGCACUUUUUAUAUAUUUUUUUCGUAAUAAAACGGCAACAUUUAAAGCUUCUAUCAAUGUUAAACAUGUCAACGCCAACGCAAUGUCAAUGUUAUGUCAUCGUGACAAAACACCCCAUAUUCCCGCAUUCCAUACCUAAACCUAAUUUCGCAGCAUCAGAGUGAGAUAGCCGAUAAUAUACGUACGAGAGUAAAAGAGAAAUCGUAUGACUAAUUGUUUUAUAACAACUUUAAAAUGGAACGCAACAUCUAUAACAUUAUUGAUGCCGUUUUGCAGUUGUAAAAUAUCUUAUAAUAAUUUAUAAUUUAUUUGAAAAUUACUCGUUAUGGCUUCCACAUCUAAAGACGUUCCUGCGGCUGUCAUUCAGGAUAAUCCUCCUGAUGAUUUGGAACCCGGUGCAUGCUACGACAGCAUCCUAAAUCCGACAGAUUCGUUCGAGGAGUUCGCUUCGGAGAUGAGCUCGAGUUUACAAGAAAGAAAUAUAUCAUUGGCAACCAAAAACAGUACUAUAAGUGAGAUUCAAAGUGAAAUUAUUGGUGAGAGUUCUGCUCAGAUGAAAGCGACGAAGUCUAGUGACGACUUACAAACUAAAGAUGAAUCAAUAUCAGCGUCAACGAGCCACUCCAACUUAGUGGAACAGAAUGGUGAUGAGACAGACAAUGAGAAAGAUGAUUAUCUUCAAUCACCAGAACUAGUGAACAAAGAAAAACAUGUGUUCAUACUCAGUUCUGCUGGUAAACCUAUUUAUUCUAGAUAUGGUAACGAAGACAAGUUGGCAGGCCUCUGCGGGGUCAUCCAAGCGCUAGUCAGCGUAGUAGAGGAACAAAACCAGGAUAUAUUGAGAUCUAUCACCACAAAGGAUUGUAAGGCUGUGUUCUUAGUGAAGGGACCUUUGAUAUUAGUUGUGGUAUCAAAGUCUAAUGAGAGUGAAACACAACUUGUUCUACAGUUAACGUAUGCAUUUAAUCAAAUAGUGUCAGUACUUACUCUAACACAGCUGAACAGAAUAUUUGAACAAAGAAGGAACUAUGAUCUGCGAAGACUGUUGUCGGGGGCCGAGCGACUUAUAGAUCACUUACUUAUAUUUAUGGAAAAGGAUCCCGCAUUUUUACUGGGCGCAGUCCGCUGUCUACCGCUCCCCGAGAAAGCCAGAGAGAACAUAACAAACGCUAUACAAACUACUUGCAACAAAAUAAGAGAUUUGGUCUUCGCUAUAAUGCUGGCUGGCAACCAACUGAUUACCCUAGUACGAAUGAAGAAGUACACAUUACAUCCCUCUGAUAUACAUUUGUUGUUUAAUUUGGUUCGGAGCUCUGAAUCUUUUAAGACGGCGGAGAGCUGGACCCCGAUUUGUUUGCCGAAGUUUGAUUCAACCGGCUUCCUCCACGGCCACGUAUCCUACAUCUCAGAAGACUGCCAAGCCUGCCUCCUCCUUCUAACAGUACAACGCGACGCAUUCUUCCCUCUCUCCCAAGCUAAACACACAAUCGCCGAAAAACUUCGCCGUUCAAACUGUCUCGUAGCCAUCAACGACGCUUUAAACAGGAACGAAGAAUUACCUACAACAAACCCUCUAAAACACAUAGGAAUACCUGAAAUCAGACAUUUUAUGUACAAGUGUAAAUCUACUGCCCAAUUAUUUACGUCAGAUCCUAUAAGUUUAGAUAAACUACAGGAUUAUAGAAUGAGGCAUAAAGUAGGAGGUGAUAUUAUGGUGAAAAAGGCGGAAAGGCUGUCUGAUAUAGACUAUGUGAGGAAUUAUAGAAGGUUUUGCAGUUCUAUACAUUGUACUUCGACGCCAGCUAAGCUGAUAUUUCGGUCGAAUUCUAGUGACACCGUUUUGGCUUGGGUAACAAACGGCUUUGAACUCUAUGUAACAUUCGACCCCCUAAUGGAAAAAGACCAAGCCAUCAAAGCAGUAGACCGUCUACUCAAAUGGAUCAAGAAAGAAGAACAAAGGAUUUUCAUAAUGCACGCGCCGACCUUCUAGCUAAAAUUCAGUGUGCCUUCACUCAGUGGCAUGAUUAAAAACUCUUUGAAUCGCAACUCUAGUUCUGAGGAGUGCCUAUGAUUUUUUUUUUUACUUCUUUUUCUUCUUAAUGGCUACAUGGUCAGGGAAAAUUAUAUUAGCAAAAAAUAGAAGGAAAAACAAACAAUUGAUUAGGACUGGGUACUUUCAGAUUACCCGCGAAAUUAUCUAUUCCUUUUUAUCGACCCACUGCUGGGCACAGGCAUAGAAGGAUAUUAUUUAAUGAUUGGAUAAUUAGGUAUUCGUAUUUCAAAUUGCAAAAUCAGGCAGCAAAUAUAUGACGAACGAAUUCAACGCUACGCUUUAUGUAUUUUGAAUGUAGGAAAUCAAGAGUUUCAAUCACUGUUCAUUUUUUCAAGUUAUGCUCAUUCGAUUAUGCAUUGAAAAAUAAAAACGUGCUUUUGAUAUUCGAAUUAGUAGGUAUCUCCCGAAUGUGCCACAGGUGAUAUUUUUUGCAUUCUUUUUAAAUAUGUUAAAUUGUUUUUCUAGUGUUUAAAUUAUUUUUCUUACAACACAUCCAAAAUCUUAAUUUAUCAUACCUGCUCUAUAUUUUAUUUAUGUGCUACCAACUGUAUACAGAUGAGUUUAAUUAUCUCUCUAUUACUUAGUACGCAGUCAUAUAAUCCUUAUUAUAUUUCAGCCGUAACUCUGCUGUUUAAGAAAACUGCUGAGCCUAUCUCUUUAGCCUCAAUUAUAAAAUAGACUAAAAUUAUCUAUGCAAUUCACGCCAAUUAUGUUUUCAUUUCUGAAGUAGUUAUGUUGAUAAAUUCACUAUAAUGAAGCCUAUAAUAUGGAAAUGACUAUCUUCGGAAUAGCAAUCUUAGUUGGCGUGAACUGUAGGUACAUAUUGUAGUCACAUGAACAAUAAUAUAACGUAUUAUUUAUGAAAUUAGUGCUAGUGAAUUGUAAAAAAUAAAAUAAAUUAAUGAAAAUAUAGGUACCUACAUUGAGAAAUCAAAUUAGACUAAUUUAUUGAUUGCAAAUGAAAUUAUUGAAAUGCAUUUAGCAUUAAUAUAGUGUUUAUAAAUUGUUAGAUAGAUGUUAAAAGAAAAAACAAUAUGAACUUGGGGGUUUUAUGCAUAGACAAGGAGAAUGGCAAAAAUCAUGCAUGACUUACCAACUAUGAAGUUAUAGAUAUUUUUCAGGAAAACUGGACUCAAAAAAUUUAAAAGAAUAUUAGUCUCCUCCUUGUCUAUGUUGUGUACAUUAUGUAGAUAGUGAAAUAAAAAUGAAUAUGCUCAUAUUUUAUAGUAUGAAUUGUUCUUCCUAUUAGAUUUUCAAACUUGUUAGAUUUCAGUUUAAAAUAUGACUGUCGGAAGGCAUGAUGAUUUUUCUAUAAUUAUGUAUUCAAUAAGAAGUUGUCUACCUAUAUUCCUUCAUCAAAUUACAUAUAUUUUUUGUUAACAAUCUCAUAUCAAUAUGUAACGAACUUUUUAUUCAGCUUUUCUGUUAUAUAAGUAGUGCUUUUAUUUAUGGCAAAUUAUAAUCAUUCAAAUUUAAGUGCAAAAAUGAGGUGGUGCUAUACUUUGCAUAUAGAUUCAUCUCAUUCUCAUAAUGUAAUUGAAUUUAUCAUUAUAUGAGCUUAUGUCCGCUAAUAGUUUAGCCACAUAGAAAUUAAAAUGUACAUAAUACAAAAUGAUUGUACUUGUAAAUGAAAUGUUUACUUUACAGAGAAUUAUUUUUAUGAUAUUGUUAUCAUAACUUUUUUUUAAAUAUACAUGUCAAUUCAUUGGUAUA